AUGGGUGGGCAAAGCUUGAAAGGCUUAUUCAAUGAGGAUACAGUAGCUAUUCAUAUUAUUGAUGGUCUUGUUAUGCUUUAUGUUUCAAAAAUGAUUCCUGAUUUUGACAAAGACAGGUUCUAUGCUUCUGGUCAUGUCUCUUUUGGCAAAUUUUCAAUUGCUUUGAAAGUCAAAAGCAUGAGUCCAAAUUAUGCCCCAAGUGAAAAUAAAAAUUUGGAUGUUAAAGGGACUGGAUGUUUAUGGAUGACCAUAGAAAGAUUGAAAGUUAGGAAUGUUUUAUCAAAGGAAGAGCAUAUUAAUGUGUUGCACAUUUCUGCACUACAAUUAAUUGGUUUAUUGUUAGAGCCAAAUGAUGCACUAGAAGAGCUUGAAAGUAAAGUUAAUCCACUCUCAAGGAAGGCUAAAAGAGGAAAGAUCUUUCUGGAAGUUGGGAUACCAUAUUUGGAAGUAAAAUAG